UAGUGUACCGAGCACAAGAGCUCAGCGCGCUCGUUCAUGUUUUCUGCACGGAUCGGGAAGGCGGAGGCGACUAGUUCUGUACGAUUCAACGAGCGUCUCACCAUCGCAUCGAGUCGACCGCCAAGCUACACGUCAGAAUGCCGAUUCCAGCCAACUACAAAUGACGGCGUCGAACGACGCCAAACCGGAAGUGAUGGCAUCGAACCCGUUCAGAGAGCUGCGACCAGCAGAAGUCGCAACUGCCUCGUCGCCUACCUUCUCUGGCUUUUUCUCGGAUUAUUUGGCGGUCACCACUUCUAUCUACGUCGCAAGAGUGUCGGAGUUAUCUACCUCUGUACCCUCGGCUUGUUAGGCAUCGGAUGGCUAGUCGACGUCGUCAGACUGCCGUUUCUCGUCGCCAGGUCAAACCGGCAGAAGUUUGCCGAAGAGACUGAUGACCCGAAGGCGUUCUACUUGAAGUACAAAAAGAAUCUCGACGACGCGUAUCUAUUUGCUUUUCCACUCGGUUUUCUGGGCGUCCAUCGUUUCUAUCUCGGGCAGCCGUUUUUCGGCUUUUUGUUCGCCUUUACGGGUGGGCUGUUGGUUAUCGGAUGGGUGCUCGACUUGCUGAGACUGCCUCGUAUGGUCGGUGAAUAUAAUUUGGGUCUAGAGCAAAGUUUGGCGUCGAGGUCUCAAGCGGCGUAUCGCGUGCUAGACGAAGGUGAGCGAGGUGGAGGACUGUCCGAUGGUGUUGUCGCCCGCUCGCAGCCCCUAACCAUUGGUGAUAGGAAUGCGGCGCUUCAAGGCGGCAGCCCGGCGUCUUGGGACAUACUCAACACGCCCCAGAAUCCGCCCUCCUACCACAUUAGCCCGUUCCGCGGAGCGACGGCGGGUGGCAGACUGCAGGACGGAGGUGAUCUCAGACGGCUUUCCUACACCUCAUUUCCCUCACCAUCUCGUUUUCCACCACUGGUUCUACCGAACGAGGACCCUCCACCGUAUUCGACGUGAUGUCAUUGUGCAAGCUGUGUGUUGACUGUCAUUGAUGCUGUUGAGAGCGAACGGCAAAAUGGAAGGACACAGAGUCAGAGAGUUGAAGACAAUUGUACAGGCUGGACAUAUGCAAUGAAAUUCCCGUUUUAUAUGUUGAGUCUACUGCUCUAAUUGCAGAGACUGAGAGAGUUGAGUCUAAAGGAAAUUCUAUUUUUGAUGCCGAGAUAUAGAAGAGCACCAUAGCUGUAUUACGUACAAUACACCAGUUGUUCUGAACUCA